AUGUCUGACUGGGGAGUUACAAACACGGACAAUCAAACCAUUCAAUACUGCUUCCCAAACAACAAUUUGUCAUGUAUCAGAAAUAUCAGAUUUGAAUUUGAGUAUGUUAUUGUGUAUAUUUUUAUUUCUGUAAUAUCAGUGCUGACUGUAAUUCUGAACCUGCUGGUGAUCAUCUCCAUCUCUCACUUCAAACAGCUUCACACUCCAACUAAUGUCCUGAUUCUCUCUCUGGCAGUGGCUGAUCUGAUGGCAGGACUCAUUCUUAUGCCAGUGCAGGGCAUGAAACUCAUUGAGUCAUGUUGGUACUUUGGAGAAAUAUUUUGUUCAAUGUUUCCUCUUAUUCUCUACGUGGUUGUUGUAGCAUCUCUUGGAAAUAUGAUCAUUAUAUCCGUGGAUCGGUACAUUGCUGUGAAUGACCCUUUGCGAUAUUCAAUACGGGUCAAUAAAAACAGAGCUGUUAUCUCGAUUGUUGUAAACUGGUUAUUUUCCACGUCAUAUUCUAUCUUUCUCUUGUAUGACUUUUUGCUGUAUCCAGAGAGAAACCACACAUGCCUUGGAGAAUGUAUACUUGAUGUCAAGUUAGAUUAUUUGAUAAUUGAUGCUAUUGUUUGUUUAGUGGUACCGUGUUGUGUUAUUGUUUCGUUAUAUGUGAAAAUUUGCUUUGUAGCUAAACGUCAAGCUGAACAUUUAAAUUCAGCCACAGACAAAAAGGCCAGAUCAGAAAAAAAGGCGGCAAGAACCUUAGGGAUUGUAGUAAUGGUCUAUCUUCUUUGUUGGCUGCCAUACUACUUAAUUACACUUUCUCUUGGGCAUGAUGAAAAUGACGCUCUUAUAAUUAAUGUAAUGUACUGGAUUAUGUGUCUAAAUUCCUGCAUGAAUCCACUUAUCUAUGCAAUGUUUUAUCCAUGGUUUAGAAUAUCCACGAAAUACAUUUUGACUCUGAAAAUAUUUGAACCAUCAUCAGAAUACUUUAAUCUGUUCCCAGAUGAGAAAUAA